AUGGAACGCUUUGGAACCCAUGAUUUGCUUCGUGCAGGAGGAACUUUGCUAGGCUCCUUGCCGUCGGAAGCUCCGUCGAAUGUCGCGGAUGUCCUCAAGCAGAGGUUGACGCAAUACUACGCGACCGUAGGAAGAGAGUUUCCAACGAUGGACGAGACGCUUGAGGUCCUGCAGCUUCAGACUGCAUUGGAAGCCCUCAUAGGUUCGCGGGACCUGAUACAGAUUCGUACCCUCGUCUCGAUUGUCUUCAGGUGGGGAGUCGAGCCACAGUUGGGCCGCGUCGCCAACGCCAUUCCCGUGAAGAACGUGCCCAAGUCUCAGGUCCAUGCAGGAGCAAAGAUUAUCGACCUCACGGAUGUCCCGGACGACUAUGAGAGGCUGUCUGAAACUGUCUCUCGGCUGUUGCGUUUGUCAUUCUCGAAGGAUGCACAGAGUUCCUUGCUGCAGACGGCGGUUACUUCUGCGCUGCUGAACAAGCACCUCGCAGACCUGCUCAAGCCAUCUAUCGUCCUAGGAUGGUUGCCAAAGAAUCUGGCCACGGACACCGUGAAACCUAUCGACUCCGUCAGGCCGGCCGUGAUGCAGCUUCUAGCUAUCUUGCCAGCUGCGCAGACCAUAGCUGCCUUUGGCAGCAUACUGUCAGACAACUCGAUUACCCUUCCUAUUCGUCAGCUGCUCCGGCCUGAAGGUGUAGCCGGUCUACUCACCGCAAUGUUUGGCGAAGAAGACGUAUCGGGCGAGGAUGCGCCCCUCGAGAAACUGGAGCACGUCGCGCGCCUCCUGGAUACUGUACCCGCAAGCAUGAAACCAGAGGACUACUACACAUCAGUCCCGCCAACAUACAGACGUGCCAUCGCGUUCGCCCUCUCUCGCAUGCUCGCGUCAGAAGAGAUCAAAAAGACGACCACCUCACCCCAAGCUCCCGGCGCGGCGCCCGAGCCUACGCCGUCCGAGGCACUCGACAUCCUCCAGACACUACUUACCAACGCCGACCCGUCGCCAACCUUCAUUUCCAGCUUGUUGACGCCAAUCGCGACCAAGGUGUCAGAUCCCGCGCUGAAAGAGUCUGUUCGGGGAUUCCUAGUAACCUGGGGCCGGGUCGUAAGCGCGAGCGAGGGAAUCGACGCGCUGUGGGAGGUGGUGCUAGGUGAAGGAGGCGAGUGGAAGGCCGACGUAGCAGGAAACCUAGCCAGGUCAGAAAUGUACGAGUCUGGGGAGCUUGACACGGACGCGAACCUGUUCGACCUGCGUCCUGACCCCGCUCAGUUCGUUCGGUACUUGAAGUCGAUCGAGCGGUCGGACGUCUCGUCGGAACUGUUUGUCAGGCUCCUCGAAGCGUAUCGGGAGAUGAAAGCCCAGUCUGCGAGCGACCCGCUGCAGACAUUGCUGUAUCUUCAGCUCAUCUUACAGAUGCAAACGCAGCUGGCGACAGACGACUCGGCCUCGAGUAUUCUUAAUAAGCCUGACCACAUCCUCUCGUUCAUCAAGCACGCCCUCGAGUCAGCGGUACGAAAGCCGCGCGAAUGGCAAGGGCUGCACCUGGAGGACCUACGCAUCGUUGAAGAAGAGGAGAACGAGGUUCCGAAUAGAAGAGGCGCACCCCGAUCUAUCUGCCAGAACCGCCCCGAACUGAACGACAUCUUCUCCCUACUCGAACCGCUAUCCAAGGACUCAUCGGACACCAUUCGGCCGCUCGCUCGAGAAGCGCGUAUGGUCAUGACCGCGCGCCUCGCAUCGGCCUCCGCGCAAAGCAGCUCCCGCAAGUCCAGGAAGUCGAGCGGCGACGAAGAGACACCCCAAGAGACCUACCAAAAGGCGCUAAACUCCUGCAAGAUCCCUAGCGUGCAGGAUGAUGAUAGUUAUAUGUACCUGAACGCGGUGCAAGGUCUGUCGGCGAUGGUGGACGGGUACGGGAAGGAGGUGCUUCGCGGGCUCGUGCGGACGUAUUGCGAGGGCACGGAAGGUGUGGGGAAGGGGGAUCAUGACGCGGCAGGAAGUGGACACGCGCACGCGGGUGGGGAGGCACUUGGACAGGUCGUGCGGCGGUGUGGGGAUGCGCUGCCUGCAUACGUUGAUAUUCUGGUGCCGCCGCUGUUCAGAGUGGCGCGGACGUCAGACCUGCCGACUACGCUGAGGACAUCGGCCAUAUCCCUUCUAGCGCUGUGUGCGAAGACAAAUUCGCUGGCGCUGCUUCCGUACGCAGCGGAUCUCGCGGAAGCAAUGGUCGACCUGCUGCAGGUGGAGACGGUUCCCGCGACGCAGGGCCAGCGGCGUACCGGCGAUGAGAAGGAGGGAGAUACACCGCCACCAUAUACGCCUGAUACGAUGGACGCUCAACCGACGCGCGCGGCACUGCACUUCAUGACGCUGCUCAUUCAGGCGUGUGCUACGCGGCUCUACGACUCGGACGCGGGGGUCACUGGAUCCGCGCACUGA